CACAAGUCGAAAUCGCUCAACGAAUUUUCAUCUCUUUCCCGUAUUGAUCAUUUCGACAAAAUUUUACGAAUUAUCGUAUCAAUAUGAAUUGAUAAAUUCGUCGGGAAACGCGGAGCUAAUAAAAUGUGGCGGUUAACCUAUUUUGGAAGUCAUUUUUCAUGAAAAAAUGUACAAAUUUCAUACUCAUUCCGUGCGUUCGUCGCAACAACGACAUAUAUAGAUGAAACUCGAGAUUGUUCUUUCGGGUUGUAAACAUACAAGUAUGGUUGGUAGUUUAUCUCGAGAACGGAGUGUCACCUCUUUCUUCCACUUACCACGUUCGCCAUUUGAUAUAUAAAACGUUUUUUUACAAUCGGAAUGAAUAUCGUUCGGAUUAGUUCACGAAAUGUAGUAUUCGUCAUAUUUGCGCUUCUUUCGAGCACAAUCAAGGAGGCGCACAUGGGCUAUGAAAGUAUAGCACUGAGAGAAAUCAGUGCAAAUUCAACACCGGCUUAUGGCAGCAAAAAGGAUGACCUUUAUGGCACUUGCCCAGUAGGAAUACCAUGCUCGAAAAUGGGUGGAGAUUGUCUCAAGUGUGAUCUCAAUCCCAAAUGUGUAUAUGGCAAAUCUUACCAAGUGAACUGCACUGUUAUGGAUCAAACCGACUGUGUCGGAGAUAGAACGUUUGAAAAAAAAUUUAUAUGCAGAUACUGUUAUCAGACUGCACAUUGGGAACAUCAGUGCCUGAAAAAAAAUUCUUGUAGCUCCGUUGCAUCGCCGCAACAACACUACAGAACAAAUUGUACAGUCAACGAUGACAUUGUGUGUCUGGGUAGACGAAGGUUUAUGAAGAAUUUACGAUGCAACUGGACCGGUGGUUACAGAUGGUCGACCGCUCUUAUUCUGAGUAUAACACUUGGAGGUUUUGGCGCCGACAGAUUUUAUCUGGGCCAUUGGCAGGAAGGUAUCGGCAAAUUAUUCAGUUUUGGAGGACUCGGCGUUUGGACAUUUAUCGACGUCAUGCUCAUAUGGAUGCGAUACCUUGGACCUGCGGAUGGUUCAUUGUACAUUUAAACUAUAUUGAAUUUAUAUUGUUUGUUAACAUUUUUUCGUGAUGUGAGAGAAACAGUGACUAUAACUCAACGGACGAAUUGCAUUCUGCUAAAUCUGUUCAUUAUUGCUUAUUUUUUAAAAAUAGAAAUGCCCUGCAAUACCUUUUUCAACGAAA